AUGAUUAUCGCAAAAAACAAAGCUGCACAUAAUUCUGGUGAAAAGUUAAUCAAACCAGCGGCUCUUGAAAUGGCUCGAAUUUUGUUUGGUCCGGAUGCAGUUACCAAACUUAAGGACAUACCAUUAUCCAAUGAUUCAGUUUCCCGUAGAAUUUCAGAAUUGUCAUCUGAUAUCCUGAAGCAAUUAAUUGAAAGAAUCAAUAAAAGUAAAUGCAGAAUAAGUAUUCAAUUGGACGAGUCAACUGACAUUUCUAACGUCUGUCAGCUUGUGUCCUAUGUUCGCUUUGUUGAUGAUGAGAAUAUUAUUGAUGAGUUUUUAUUUUGUUUGGAGAUGGAUGGACACACUCGUGGAGAGGACAUCUUUAAUAUUUUUGACAAUUUUAUGAAGACGAAUAAAAUCCAAUGGGAUAAAGUUGGAUCUAUAUGUACUGAUGGUGCACCUGUGAUGAUUGGUCAUCAAUCUGGACUUGUUACUCGUAUUAAGGAUUUGGUUCCUGAUAUUGUUACAAGACAUUGUGCAUUGCACAAAUAUGCACUUUGUUCAAAAACUAUGUGUUCGUCGUUAAGAGAAACACUAAACACCAUUGUAAAAGUGAUAAACUAUAUUCGAUCUCGACCACUUAAUCAUCGAAUUUUCCAAACUCUUUGUGAAGAGUUAGGAAAUGAAAGUUUACAAAUGGAACUAUUGGAAAUCCAAUCAGAUUCUAUACUUAAAGCUAAAUAUUUGGAGGUUGGAAUACCUGCUUUCUUUUCAUAUCUUCCUGGAAAGUUUAAAAACUUUAAAAAGUUUGCAACAAAAAUCAUUGCUAUGUUUG